AUGCUCUCUUUCCUGGUUAAUGUUCCAUUCCAAAAUUUUAGCCCCACAUUAGAAUAUCUUUUCAACUUCAUGGGCUACAUAUCUUUCAUGAUGUUGAGCACUGAGCCAUUUCUUUACAAGGAACCAAAUGUUGAGUUAAAUUACUUUUAUAAACUAGCUAGUUUUUCUCAAGGGGGUAAUGUUUCUUUGACCUUAUGUCAAUACUCUAGAGAGAUAAGCAUAAUGGAGUGCCAUGCAUUAUCAAGUGUGAUUCCAUGGUAUGCAGCAGGACAGCUGCAAAAGCUUCAAGUCCUAAAAAUAGAAUUUUGUGACAAGAUGAAGGAGGUGUUUGAAACUCGAGGGAUCAAAAAAAGUGUUAUUACCCUGAAACUUCCCAACCUAAAGACAUUGGAAAUUAGUGAAUGUGGCCUUUUGGAGCAUAUGCUCACUUUUUCCACACUUGAAAGCCUCGUACAACUUGUAGAGUUAAGGAUAGAGAACUACAAGUCAAUGAAAGUGAUUGUGGUGAAGGAAGCAGAGCUUGUGGGUUUCUUUUUAGGGACGAAGGAGUUCCACUGGCUAUUCUUGGAUGAGAUUACCAUCGAUGGUUGCCCAAAGAUGAAGGUGUUCACAGCUGGUGGGUACAUAGCUCCACAACUCAAGUAUGUGCAAACAAAGUUAGACAAGCAUAGUUCUGGACAUGGGUUUAACUCUCAAGUGACAACCACCACAACUACUGGGUUGCAUUAG